UAAAAUAUUUCCUAAUUUGGGAACUUCUUAAAAAAUAAAGCUUAUGUUGUUCAGAUUUUCAAUUUCGGUUGGGUUAAAUAAUGUUUUAAGUUUAUCUAAUUGUCAUCCUUAGAUUUGAUACGUCUACCUGAUAACGAGAAGGAUGCAGUAAGCUGAUCAAAUGUCUGACAUCCUCCAUUGUUGUAUCUCUAAUUUUGUUUCCGCAGAAUAUGGUGAGCGUUAUUUGUUAAAAAGAUCAACUAACAUAAACAUUAGCUUUCGUUGUCGCUGCUUGUCAUCCACCCCCAAAUCCAAUCCUCAAGAUGAAGAUUCUGGGAACCAAUCAUCAUUCCCUUUUGUUUUGGUCGAAAGGUACACCAAUGGUACUGCUAAAAGCUUUUUUGCAUCGAAUUUCCCGUGGUCAAUGGGGACCAGGUACAUUUUGGAUGGCGAAUCAACUAAGCAAACAUUGCUUGAGCCUCAUGAGACUGUGAUCAAUGAAUCGAACAACCUAAAUUGGGCAACUAAUUUAAACUGGCUCCCCGAUAGUAUCAAAGAUUUUGUUUUGCCUGCAGGUUACCCAGAUUCUGUAUCAGAUGAUUACUUGGAGUAUAUGUUAUGGCAAUUGCCUACCAAUAUUACCGGUUGGAUCUGUCACGCCUUGGUUACAUCAAGCCUGUUAAAGGCAGUUGGUGUUGGUUCCUUCUCUGGAAGCACGGCAGCAGCCUCUGCUGCAGCAAUAAGAUGGGUGUCAAAGGAUGGCAUUGGAGCUGUUGGCCGACUUAUAAUUGGUGGGAGAUUCGGAAAUCUGUUCGAUGAUGAUCCUAAACAGUGGCGGAUGUAUGCUGACUUCAUUGGCAGUGCCGGAAGCAUUUUUGAUCUUAGCACUCAGCUAUAUCCUGCAUAUUUCCUGCCACUUGCGUCUCUUGGAAAUCUUGCAAAGGCUGUCGCCAGAGGUCUAAAAGAUCCUUCAUUCCGGGUGAUUCAGAAUCAUUUUGCGUUGUCAGGAAAUCUUGGAGAUGUCUCAGCUAAGGAGGAAGUUUGGGAAGUUACUGCUCAACUUUUUGGCUUGGCAUUAGGUAUACUCAUCCUGGAUACACCGGGCCUGGUGAAGUCAUAUGCCGCUUUGUUAUCAACUUGGAUGAGCGUGCGCCUUUUUCAUCUUUGGCUACGUUAUAAGUCUCUGUCAGUUCUGCAAUUUAAUACGAUAAAUCUCAAACGUGCUCGUAUGUUGGCAAAGGCACAUGUCUUACAUUCGGAAGCUCUUGGAUGCAUCGACUGCAAUAGGCAAGAAGACAUCUUGUCAUGGCAGAGAUUCCUGAGACCUCGAAUCAUCUUCGGUGUUCCAUUCAGUGAUGUGAUUUCUGUUGGGAGGUCAUUUACCAUGGUGGAGAUCUUCAAACUUUACACAAAGGAAACGUAUGUCCUUACAGUAGACCAAUGGCAGAUGAGAGAUUUUAAGGUUCUUGUCUCUUUCAAGGUAGGUGCGACGAGUUUAUCAGUCUUAAGAAGUGUAUGGCAGGCUUACUGGCUUUGCGAACAUUGGGACAGGUCCAUGGAACUUGUCAAAGCAUUAGAGGAAAGCUUGUCGAAUUUGGAGCAGAGGUUCGACAAGUUCAUGGUAUUGCUUGAAGACGCGGGAUGGAAUACACAGAAACUUAACCUUAAAGUACCUAAGGAACCAUAUAUCGAGCUAGACGUGGACUUUAACAACUGAUCAUGUCAAGAAUUCGAAGCAAGUGUGACGAUUCAUUCUAUACCGUUGAAUUCUCCAUCCUUGUUGAGUGACAAUUCCAUUGUCGUGUCAGCUCUCCCGCUGCAUUGAACUAUUUGGUCGACAGAUAUGUCGAAUGGAAGUCGGAGUGUGCGUGACAGGCAAAGCUUUCAAGUUCAUUUGUUCGAGAAUGUUGUUGGAAAAAUAACCCACAUGUGAUCCCGUACCGAAAUAUUAGAGAAGUUGAUUAACAUAUAAACUUGAUGGGUUACUCUUCCUAUUACCAUUUGGUUUUAUAGUGGAAUUUUAUUGGGUUUAUAUGCAGCUAGCUCUGCUCUUAUUCGAGUGUUAUUGUAUACAAGUGCAAGCCUGUUAACGAAUUUAUUACUCUUUUGGUUUGCAGUAGGAAUAACCAAGUAUCUAAAAAGGGGAUGUGUUGAACAUCAUACACACUAAUUGACAUGUGAAUUCAUCUUUGAAUUCUCAACUUAUCCCAUUUUAUGAAAUUCAUUUAGUUCUUAUUUGUAGCUCAAUUCUAUGGUGUAUCUAGAAAUUUGGAGAAAAGAUGUUUAGUGUCAUUUUAAAUUUUAAAUGGGGUCGUACGGUCGUAUCCAUCCUAAUAUAUAAUUCUUUGGUUUCCAUCCCUUUAUUUAUGUCUUAUUAAUGUAUUUUCUCUCACGGUAAAU